AUGGGUUGUUGUUCGUCGAUUAUGUUCCAUGAUGAGGAGAAAGGAUUGGAGGAUCACUUGUUUCCAUAUCUUGAUUAUCAGGAACAACCGGAUGAUGAAUAUAAACAACUAGAUACUGAAAAUGAUCAAAAGGGUGAUACAGCUGUGGAACAUAUAUUUAAGAAAACAAAAAUGGUAUAUGGACAACCACCUAAAGAUAUGAGAAAUAUUCAAAUCGAUUGGAAAAAAGAAUAUCAUAUUGAUUUUAAGAAUCGACCAUGCCCAUAUGAUUUUCCAGCAUUUGAAGGCGAUAAACCACCUGAUUACGAUGAAAAUAAAGAAGAAAUGAAUAAAGCCACUACUGUAGAUAAAGGAGAAUCAAAAAUGGAGAGUGAGGAAAGAGAAGGAAAAGGAGGAAGGAAAAGAAAAUCGAAGAGUAAAGGCAAAGAUGGGAAAAAGAAGAAUGUUAAGAAAGAUAACAAAAUGACUUCUAAAAAGCCGAAACGUUCAACUAAUGAACUUGAUCAAUGUAGUCUUAGUGAAAAGGAUUGA